UUGUAAAAAAAAAACAAAUCGUGAAUGUGAAUUUUUAUGAUAAAAAUUCUUAUUUGAGAAAUAAUAAUGGCUUCAAUUAAAGAUUUAGCUACUCUUUACCAAAAUUUAAAGACCGAGUGGGCUAAAAAACCACGUAAGCUCGAUAAAUGCGGGGAACUUUUAAAUAAAAUUAAGAUUGCAUUCACUCAACUAACCUUCUUACCUAGUAAUAACACUACGGCAAACCAGAAAGAGUUGAUUCUGGCUCGUGAUGUGCUGGAGAUCGGAGCACAAUGGGCGGUGGCAACCAAGGAUGUCAAAUCCUUUGAGAGAUACAUGUCCCAAUUGAAAUGCUAUUAUUUUGAUUACAAGGACCACCUUCCAGAGUCUGCUUUUAUGUACCAGCUUCUGGGUUUGAACCUGCUCUUCCUCCUGUCUCAAAACCGUGUUGCGGAGUUCCACACUGAGCUUGAGAGACUCUCAGUUGAUGUGAUACGAGCGGACCCUUAUGUGAGGCAUCCUUUAGCCCUCGAACAAUACCUCAUGGAGGGCAGCUACAAUAAGAUAUUCCUUGCUAAGGAUAAUGUACCAGCUGAGAGUUACACCUUGUUCAUGGAUACUCUCUUGGAUACUGUGCGUGGGGAGAUAGCCGCUUGUAUUGAGAAGGCAUACUUAUGUAUAUCUUGCACGGAAGCAGCGAGACGUUUGAACUUGCCGUCACAGCAGGCAGUAUUAGAGUAUGGGCAAAAGAGAAAUUGGAUACUCGGUGCUGACAACUGCUACCAUUUCAACGCUGCAGAGGAAACCUGCGCUGCUGCAGCCGGUGUCUUCCCAUCUUCAGAACUGGCCGAACAGACAAUUGAAUAUGCCAAGCAUCUUGAAAUGAUUGUGUAAUGUAAAAAAAAAAAGAAAUACUGU